AUGUCGGAGAGAAAAAGAUCUUGGGAUGGACUCGACGAUGAGCUUUUAGAGCCUAAAAAGGGAAAAUUAGACAACGAGGAAGAGCAUGACGAGGACGCUCUGUUGCUAAAUGAAGAUCUCGAUGAUGAUCUUCUCAAAGACUCGGACGCGGAGCUAGAAAAUGAGCUGAAUGGAGCGGAUAAUCUUUCCGACAGUGAGCUAGACCUCGAAGACAAGGAAGAGAACAAAGAAGAAACAGUCGAGAAAGAGGAAAAAGCUCAAAGCAGCAAAACUGAAAGCCCCAAGAAUACAGAACCAAAAGAUGAGCUCGCGGUUGAUCUCGAAGAAGAAGAGCUCGACUACGAUGACGAAUUGUCCGACGAUGGGUCUGCAAAGGUUCGAGAGUCCAAAUUCAAAAGCGAACGGAAAGAUGAAAGCGAGCCUAUUCGAACAAAAAGCCCUAAAGACAUCCCUGAUAAACUGGAAGUAUCAAAAGAAGUGCAGGAAAGGAUAGAAAAGGCAGACAACGAGAACAGAAACCGCCGAAAUAAUCGCAAGCGCGACAACGAGCGUCACAACAACUCAAGUCGUACAAAUCCGCCACUGCCGAAAAACGCUCCGCCGGUGAUUCGUUACGGCGUGCCACCUCCCAACAUGGGUCACAUGCCUCCGGGCCCGCCGAUGAAUAUGCCUGGCGGGCAUAUCCCACCUAUGCCGUUUCCGCCAGCUUCAGCCAUGCAGCAGCAAAAUAAUAUGAGAAAGAUCCACGUAAAUCCACGAUUUCGCAACGCAAGUCAAGCCCGAGCAACUCCCAUGCCCCCUCGUCCAGUCUACAACCCUGUCCAGCCGCCGUAUGGGAUGCCGCCAGGGUUAGGAGCACCACCAAUGAUGGGUGGUCGUCCCCCUUUUCCUCCAGGACCACCCCCAAACAUGGGGAUGGGUAUGAAUUUGCCCCCACCUAUGAUGCCUCCCCGGCCGUACAAAUAA